AUGCACUAAUUGUAGUUCUAAUACUGCGUUCUUAUAUCAGCUGUUGUAGAACUAUGACUAUGGCCCGUGUCUCUGUGUUUGUGCAUGUUUCAUUUCAUAGCCGUACAAGAACAGCGAUUACCUACAGAGGGAGAUUCACCAUAUCAGACUGACACACCUCCACCCAACACGUAUGUGAUGGGAGGAUCGGUCGUGUUUCAUAAAUAUAUGUACAUACUGUAUUUGUUAUUUAAAUGCGGGGAUAAAGGCUGUGGUGGAAGGGCUGCAAAAAGCAACAAGACAAGAGGACAGCCAUGUUGGAGUGUGAUGGAGAGUAAAGGGGGAGGAUGCAACCCAGUGAAGAGCGAUGGAGACAGAGAGAGACAAAGAAGGAUUGUCCGUGCCAAGCGGAUAGUAGAAGCAGCCAAUGCUAAAGAAUAUGAAUAUAUGGAAGGCAGCAUUCCGAUGGAGUGGGACGCUUGGAUCCGAGGCAGACGGAAGGAGCCCCCCUCCAUCGAGGAGCUGCUGAAGAACGAAUCCAACAGGGAGCAGAUAAAAACAAAAGCCAAGGAGGUGGAGGAGAAAGAUCGGGCUCUGCUGGCUAAAGAGUACAAGGAGGGUCUGGUGGCGACUCCAGCAAGGACUGUGGCCAAGGGCCACGCAGCUGCCAACAGCUUCGACAAGCAAGAAUUCAACGAGGAACCAACCAGCACUGCAAACACGUUCCAGCCUGGCUCCUGGAUGCCCACUUCCAAGAAAGACUAAUCCAAUCAACAAAAAGGGGCCCUACAAUAAAAUUACUUGAGAUUUAAUAUUGGAAAUUCCUUCCAGUACAAUGUCGUCAACGUCCCCAUAAAUUUUGGGUGUUUACGUUACCAGGAAAGUGAAAUAAGUAUAAUUAUUAAAUGUGGUUACAUUAAAUGAACUGUUGUCUCUUUGUUACAGAAUAUUGAUUUGAAGAUCACAAAUAAUAAUAAUAAUGUUGCAGUUUAUGGAUUUAAAGACAUUCUUCUCUCACUUAUGUUGACAGUAUAUGUUGGGCAGACACGGUUCUGUGUAAAGUCUUGAGCUACUCCUGAUUUCUUUAUUUUGCUGGGAAACUGGGAAAUAGAUGCAGCAAUUUAUCUGAAAUGUGCAAACCUAUAAAAAUACAGUAAACUAGGCAAAAAAGUCGAUAUUUGGUAUUCCUGCCUUUAUUCUUCAGAACAGCCUGAACUCUUUUAGGCAGGUUUUCCUUGUAAUUUCUACAGGAAUACUUCUUGAAGGACAUUUAAAGCUCUUCUUUGGAUUUUGGCUGCUUUUUGCUGUUUUCUGUCCCGAUGAUCCCACCCUGCUUCAGUAAUAUUGAGGUUUGGGCUCUGGGGAGACCAAUCCAUGACUGAUAGUGUUCCAUUGUGUUUUUUCUAUCCACGUAUAUUUUUUACUGCAUUUGAAAUGCAUUUGGGAUGAUUUUCAUGCUGAACAACGGUAUUGCAUGGAGGAUCAUAAUCUGAUGUUCGUAAUUCCAUCAGUUUUAUUAAGAUCUCCAACAUCAGUGGUUGAAACGCAGCUCCAAACCAUGACAGAGCCUGUGCUGUGUUUUGCAGAUGGCUGUAGAUGUUCACUGUUGUAUCUCUCUCCUGACCUCCUCUGUACAAUGCUCAUGACGAUUUAACCCAAAAAUGUCAAAUUUGCAUUCAUCACUGAAUUUUCAGUCUAGUUCUUGUAGAAUAACUCAGCCUUUUCUUCCUGUUUCUCUUUAAGCAUAGAUUCCUCACAGCCACCCUUCCACUGAGACCAUUUAUGAUGAGACUUUUGCAUCUGUGUCAGAUCUUUGCUGCAUUUUUUUCCCCCAUUUCUUAAGGACAUAACUUUCAGAUACCGAUCAUCUUCGAUAGAUAGUUUUGUUUAAGGCUGUCACUUCUUCGUUUGUCCAGAUUCUUUAAGGGCAAACUGCUCAGCAUGCCAAAAUAUUCCUAUUUGUCACCCUGUUGUUGCAAAAAUACUAUUUUACACCUCUACAAACCAUGUUGUCUUUGGCAGUUUUCAUAGAUUCUACUACAGAAAUGGUAAUGAUGUAUUUUUGUGACAGGCUGCUAGUAAUAAAGUGCCUAGAGGUA